AGUGAAGUCAUCCUGCCUCAUCUGCUCCUUUUAAGCCGGCAUUUUUGAGAGGGAGGUCCCUGGGAAGCAUAUACAAACACUCAGUCAGGCAUCCACGCUCAUCCCACAAACUGCACUAGAGGCCAGCAGAGAACUGACCCAUUCCUUCACACAGAAUCAGGAAGUUGAAGUGACCUGACAUCAAGAUGGCAACAAAGGGUGUCGGCAUGGCUAACAAAGGUCCAUCCUACGGCAUGAGCCGGCAGGUCCAGGAUAAAAUUGACAGCAAGUACGACCCCGACCUGGAGCAGAUCCUGGUGGAGUGGAUUAACCGUCAGUGUGGCUCUGGAGUGGGGAGGCCAGAACCAGGCAAACUGGGCUUCCAGGCCUGGCUGAAAGACGGAUGCGUCCUGAGUGAGCUGAUUAACAGUCUGUAUGCCGGAGACAAACCCGUGAAAAAGAUCCAGAGUUCAUCCAUGGCCUUCAAACAGAUGGAGCAGAUCUCCCAGUUCCUCAAAGCUGCUGAGUCAUAUGGCGUCACCAAGACUGAUAUGUUCCAGACUGUGGACCUCUGGGAAGGUAAGGACCUGGCGGCGGUGCAGAGGACUCUGUCAGCUCUGGGCAGCUUGGCCGUCACCAAGGAUGAAGGCACAUACAAUGGAGAUCCCAACUGGUUCUUCAAGAAAGCACAGGAGAACAAGCGAGAUUUCAGCGAUGAGCAGCUGAAGGCGGGCAAAAACGUGAUCGGCCUACAGAUGGGGUCCAAUAAGGGAGCCAGUCAGGAGGGCAUGAGCUAUGGAAGACCCCGGCAGAUCCUGUAAAAUCAUUGAGCCACGGAUAUCCAAAACCUCUGCAGCCCUUGACACCCUUUUAGAGCCUGUAAGCGUCCAACCAGUCCAGUACAACCCUUCUCUGCUUUAGAGUUUAGUUACUUUCUGAAAAGUUGCCCCUCCAAACCUUUAAGUCUUGACACUUGCCCCUGAACCUUCCUUAUGUAGAUGCUUGCACUGGUGUCCCUUGCAGAGCUCACCAUGCUUUGUCCUUCCCACUGCAGUUAGGACCAGUACAACUGAAUGUUUGAAGUAAAUAGUAAACAUAAAAAUUACCAAGAUGAUAUAUUACAAAUAAGUGACUACUGUCUCACAUCUGUAUACAUAACAAAUGUCUGAAUUAUGGCACCAGUUUCCUGCAUUUUAGAAAUAUUGUUUCUGAAUUCUGACUUAAAGAUUGGUUUGUUUAUGUAACAGAAGGGACAUUUAAUUUGAGUGGUGACACAACCCGUGGCAUACCAAGUACUCCUUAAUUUUACUGUUACAAUAUUGUUCAGUACCUACCACUUCCCACAGUGCUAUGCCUGCUGUAUCAGCGCCAAUAUUUUUGUACAUUGUCUUAUUAAAUAAUGACUUUGAAAUACA